UUAUGUAUUUCUAUAGUUUUUAAUACCUUUGAAGAGGUCUUCAUGUGUGUGCUGUUACUCGCAAUUGCUCACGGUCUUGACUUGUACAAAGUCUUCCUGGAGGUUUGCUUUAUCAGGCCAUGUGUAUUAAAUUCAUACAAAGUUACAAACUGUUUUUCCUGCUCAUUUCCUCUCACCUUCCUCUCACCAUCCCUGUAAAUUGCAAUGAAGGAAAGAGAGGAAAACAGUUAGUGAAGCAGAAGUAGAUUUGUGAGUGAAAGAUGGCAGAUGGUGCUGUGAGUUUCUUACUUGAUAAACUAACUACAAUCCUACUGCAAAAAGCAUCACUGCUGGGAGAUGCUCGUGAUAAAAUAGAAGAAAUCAAACUUGAGCUAGAGAGCAUGAAAUCAUUCUUAAGAGAUGCAGAAAGAAGAAAGGAAAAGAGUGAUUCAGUGGAAACAUGGGUGAGGCAAGUAAGAGAGGUUGCGUAUGAAGUCGAGGAUAUAAUAGAUGAGUUCAUGCAUCACAAAUAUAAGAAACCUCUUGAGAAUGGAUUCAAGGGUAUCGUCGAAGGCGUGGUCAAAUUCCCCAAGAACAUAACUUCAAGGCAUCGAAUUUCUUCAAAACUACAAAAGGUCAUAGCUAAGGUUCAUGAGGUUUCAGAGAGAAGCAAGCGAUAUGGUUUUGAUCAGCUUGAUGAGGAGGCUACAAGAAAUGUUGCUGGCGAUAGGUGGCAACAUUAUGGAGAAUCAGCAACGUUUGUAGAUGAUGAUGAUAUAGUGGGAAUGGAAGAGAGCACGGAGCAGCUGCUUGGAUGGUUAAUGGAGGAUGAACCUCGCCGGACUGUUAUUUCAAUUGUGGGAAUGGGUGGUCUUGGUAAGACCACUCUAGUCACAAGAGUCUACAACAAUCAUAUAAUCAAGAGAGGCUUUGAUUGUUGGGCAUGGAUAUCUGUGUCUCAAACAUGUGGGACUGGCGAGCUGUUGAGAAGCAUCAUCAAGGAGCUAUUUGGCGCGACAUCAGUGGUGAUACCAAACAACGUGGGUUCAAUGAACUACAGACAGCUUGUGGGUAUGCUUAUUGAUUAUUUGCACCAGAAAAGAUAUGGAAGCAGAAUUAUCCUCACAACUAGGAACAAGAAUGUAGCUACCUCUGUUGGAAUUGGAAGCCGUGUCCAUCAGCUUGCGCCUCUUCAAGAGAAAGAUGCUUGGGCCCUCUUGUGCAAAAAGGCAUUUUGGAAUGACACGGAUCACCUUUGUCCCAAAGAGCUUAAACAUUUAGCUAUGGCCAUUUUGAAGAAAUGUGAGGGCUUGCCACUUGCAAUAGUGGCAGUUGGAGGCCUCAUGUGUUCAAGAAGCAAGACGGUCGUGGAAUGGAAGAAGGUCCUUGAAAGCCUCAAUUGGCAACUAAGCAACAAUCCCAUGCUGGAACAAGUGAAGGGAAUAUUGCUGUUGAGCUUCAAUGAUUUACCAUUCUACCUCAAGUAUUGUUUCUUAUUCUGUUGUGUUUUCCGCGAUGGUUACCCAAUUAGGAGGAAGAAGCUAAUUAGGCUAUGGAUAGCAGAAGGGUUCAUCCGAGAAAGAAAAGGUAUGACCUUGGAAGAGAUAGCAGAGGAGUACCUCACAGAACUUGUCCUCCGAAGCCUGAUUCAAGUUACAGAGACUAAUGAUGCUGGGAGGGUGAAGAUAUGUCGAGUACAAGAUGUCAUGCGUGAACUAGCUAUGACGAUAUCUGAAAAGGAGAAUUUCUGCACAGCGUAUGAUGGUUACCCAUCAAAGCUAGAAGGAAAAAUCCGCAGGUUAUCAGUUUAUAGUACUGGUGAAAGCAUCCGAUUGGGCAGUGCCAUGUCACACCAUCUUCGCUCUUUCUUUGUGUUUCCAACAGAUACGUGCUCUUCGUUCUCUCUAGCUGUUGUGUCAUCAAAAUUCAAAUUUCUAAGGGUUCUUGAUCUAGAGGGUGUUCCCAUUGAGACCAUGCCAGGAACACUGGUUGAGUUGUUCAAUCUAAGGUACUUGAACUUGAGAGAUACAGAUAUAAGGGAGCUUCCCAAAUCGAUGGAAAGGCUAAACAAGUUACAAACAUUGGAUGUAUGGAAUACCUAUAUAGAAAGGCUACCAAGUGGAAUAUCAAAACUAUCUAAUUUGAGGCAUCUGUUUAUGCUCCACAAGAACGGUCAGAACUCUCAAACAACAGACGCUCUCAUCAGUAUGCAGGCUCCGGGGGGGAUAUGGAACAUCCGCAGUUUGCAGACUCUUGCAUGUAUUGAAGCAGAGAAGGAGCUAAUCCAGCAGGUAGGGAACUUGACUGGUCUCAAACGGUUGGAGAUUGCAAAAUUGAGAGCUGCUGAUGGACCAAAGCUGUGCGAUUCAAUUCAAAAGUUGACAGGCCUCCUCCGUUUAGGUGUGAUGGCAACCAAUACAGAAGAGGAACUUCAAUUGGAAGCAUUACCUUUGACUCCAAUAUUUCUUCAGAAACUAACCUUGAUCGGUCAAUUGAAUAGGUUACCUCCCUGGAUUGGGUCCUUGGAAAAUCUAACGCAUUUGUAUUUGGGUUAUUCUCGUCUCCAAGAAGAUAUACUUUCUUCUAUCCAUGUACUUUCCAGUCUAGUGUUCCUUGAGCUCAAGAAAGCAUAUGAUGGCAGGGCCUUGCACUUCAAGGAAGGAUGGUUCCCUAGACUGAACAAACUGAAUCUUGUAGAGCUUGUGCAAUUGGAUAGCAUGAAACUGGAGGAGAAUUCGCUGCCAAGCAUCCGGGAAUUGUAUCUAAUUCGUUGUCAAGCGAUGAAGGCGUUGCCUCAAGGGAUUGAGCAUCUUAAUGGCCUUCAGAAGUUGCAUCUGGAGGAUAUGCAUGAGCAAUUGUUGCAGAGAUUCCGAAGUGGCCUCAUUGAAGAUCAACAGAAGGUACAGCACAUACCAACAAUCAAACUCGUCUACAUAACAGAACAAACUCGAGUAGUUGAAACACUAUGAGUGAUUCUAAUACCAUCUCACCUCCUAAAGGAAAAGGUAGCGAAAGUUGAGCUCUUGCAUUAACAGAUUCUUGCAGCACUGCAGAGUGUGCACUGUUUAUUCAAACAGGAAUAUUUGGCAAUGGAAGCAAUUGAGUUAUGUCUCGUACAUUUAUUUUACUAAAAAUUCAAAAACAUUGUACUAGCUCGGAAGUAGCAACUUAAAAGAGCAAGAUCGUCAUUUUGUGAUUUA